AUGAUACCGUGGAGUAUAUUCUUGCUUCAUUCACUGCUGUCCUCUUUGCAAGGAUCUUAUUGCAAGCUUUCUCUUUUGAAAAGAACUACAAGAAAUGAUUUUAAUGCAACUCGACAGAAAAGGGAUCUCGUAACAGCCGAGGUUCAAGCUGCCUCUCCUCCGUCGUACCUUCAUAGGGCCUUGAUGCGGAGUGUGCCAGGAGGUUCAUGUCCUCAGGAGUGCCUUAAUGGAGCAGCCUGCACAGAGGCAGGUGACUGUGACUGUCAGUUAUUUCAGGCUCAAGGAAGCAGGUGCCAAAUUGUACCUAACACUGGUAAGGACCGAGAUGGGAUUUGCAAAUCGUGGGGACAGUAUCAUUUUGAAACAUUUGAUGGCAUCUACUACUACUUCCCAGGAAAUUGCUCCUAUAUUUUUGCAAAAGACUGCAGCACCCCAGAACCCCAGUACACUGUUUGGGUUCAUAACAGUCCUCACUGUUACGGUUCGGUAUAUACUUGUCAGAGGUCUAUCAGCUUAUUUUUUUCAAACCAAGAAGAAAUAAUUAUUUCAGGACAUGAAGUAAGAAAAGAAGGAAUGAGAUUAAUGUUGCCUCAGACAGUUGGAAAUGCUUUCCUUGAGAGACUGGCUGACUAUAUUCUGGUGAAGACUACCUUUGGCUUUUCUCUUGCUUGGGAUGGAAACUCUGGUAUUUAUAUUAAGCUGACAGAAGAUCAUAAGGGAAAACCUUGUGGCCUCUGUGGGAAUUUUAAUGGCAAUAAAUAUGAUGACCUGAUACCGCAAAAUAUCCGUGAACGUACAGAAGACAUUGCUGAAUUUGCAAAUAGCUGGGCUGUGCAAACCUCAGAUGACAUAGCUUGUGUACCUACUGCCUCAGAUUUUUCCAGUCCUUGCUCAACUGAUGCAGAAUCCACUGAGGACAUAUUCUUCAAGUGCCAAAUAUUCCUACAGUUUCCUUUUCUCAGCUGUCAUGAAAGCAUAGAUCCGUAUUCUUAUAUUUCUAGCUGUAUGAAUGAUCUUUGCAGGGUGGAUGAUGAUGAAACAUACUGCCGGGCAGUGACAGAGUAUGCUAGAGCAUGCUCUCACGCUGGGUCCCCGGUGCGGGACUGGAGAGAUGACUUUCCUGCCUGUACUGAGAAGUGUGAAGACAGCUUUGUACACCGUGACUGCAUCAGUUGUUGUCCACCAACCUGCACAUUUGAAAAAGAUUGUCUUGGCAGCAACCUACACUGCUUAGACGGCUGUUACUGUCCAGAUGGCCUCAUUAUGGAAAAUGGAACUUGUAUCUCUGUGUCGAAUUGUCCUUGUAUUUAUCAUGCAACUGCCUUCCCUGUAGGCUCAAAAAUUGAACAAGAAUGUAGCAACUGUAUUUGUAUUGGUGGCAUUUGGAACUGCACUGAUCAUGAUUGCCCAGCUGAGUGCUCCAUCACAGGUAGCUCUCAUUUCACAACAUUUGAUGGACGUCACUUUACCUUUCUUGGGAUUUGCCAGUACAUUUUGGUAAAAGGCACCGGGAAAAACAAAUUCACAAUCACUUUACAGAAAGCACCUUGUGGUCAGAACUUUGACCACGCCUGCAUUGAGUCUAUAACACUAGUUCUUGAAGAUGAUGUGAGCAAACAAGUAACUCUCACGAGAUAUGGUCAAGUCCAAACUGGCCCUAAUCAAGUUUUUAACCUUAAUGGGGCUGUUGAAAUUCAGAAUAUAUCUUCUUUCUUUGUGCAACUGAAAACUAGUUUUGGUUUGAAGAUUCUGUUUGCUAAAGAUGGAGAGAGGAUCUAUGUUCAAGCUGAUGUCAGCUGGAAGAGAAGAACCUUAGGACUAUGUGGAACGUACAACGGGAAUUUAAGAGAUGAUUUUCUUUCUCCAGCAGGGAUGAUAGAAGGGACCCCACAACUUCAUGCCAAUGCAUGGAAGGUUUCCUCAGCUUGUUCUGUGCCUAUCAAUAUUCCUGUGGUUGAUCCCUGCAACAUUAAUCAGCAAAAUGUUGGGUAUGCAUCUCACUGUGAUAUCAUCAAUCAAGAAGUUUUUGCUCCCUGCCAUGCCUACAUCAGUCCAGGAUUAUACUACCAGCUAUGCCGCUUCGACACGUGCAAAUGCGGAAGCAGCUGUUUGUGUAAUGCUUUGGCACACUAUGCUUACGUCUGUGGCAAGCACGGGGUCAUCGUUGACUUCAGAUCUCAUAUUUCUUACUGUGCUGUGAUGUGUCACAGUGGUAUGCUUUAUCAUCAGUGCUCUUCUUUUUGUAAACACUCCUGUGCUUCACUUUCUAUGCCAAAUAUCUGUGGUGAUGACUGUGCAGAAGGAUGUAAUUGUCCUGAUGGGAAAUAUUUUGAAGAGUCGGUCAACUUUUGUGUAUCAAUAUCUGCCUGUCAUUGUCAUUACAAGGGCAAAGCCCUCCAGCCUGGAGAAAUCCUCCCUACGCCAACAGGCUUCUGUCAGUGUUUGAAUGGAACAGUGAAAUGUAUUGAAGCCACUACAGAAAAUACAGUUCACAUAUGCCCUGAAGGAAAAAUCUACUAUGACUGCAGAUCUCCCGUGCCUGGAUUACCAGCAGCAGGUGUGAAUUGCGGGAUCUCUUGUGCGAACCUCGCCAUGAACUUCUCCUGUGUCCCCUCACCACCUUGUGCAAGUGGCUGCAUUUGCCCCCCUGGGAUGGCUGAGCAUAGAGGGAAAUGUUAUAUUCCUGACAGUUGUCCAUGCACCUGGAAAGACAGGGAAUUUCUGUCAGGAGAAGUGAUAGCUACACCAUGUUACACCUGUGUUUGUCGGAGAGGGAUAUUCAAUUGCACUAGUUACCCCUGUCCUGCUGUAUGCACUAUUUAUGGAGAUCGACAUUAUUAUACCUUUGACGGAUUGGAGUAUGAUUAUGUCAGUGACUGCCAAGCUUACCUGCUAAAGAGCACAGAUAACUCAAAUAUAUCUAUAAUUGCUCAGAACAAAAAGUGCUUUGACAAUGACAUUAUUUGCUCGAAGAAUGUUUUCAUCACUGUUGGAGACACUGAGAUUUAUUUUAGUGAACCUUCUGAGAAGCAGGAAAAAUCUUCGUUUUUCAUUGAAAACAAAUCUAACUAUCAGCUUUGGAAGGCUGGAUAUUAUACUGUGAUACACUUUCCAGAAGAGGACAUUACAAUUCUGUGGGAUAAGAAGACAAUGAUGCAUGUUAAAGUUGGACCUCGAUGGAAGGGUAAACUGGCAGGUUUGUGUGGAAAUUUUGACAAAUAUACUUCAAAUGAUCUGACUACAUCAAACAACAUGGAGGUGAGAAAUGCACAGGUGUUUGGAGACAGCUGGGUAUUAGGACAGUGCAAGAGCCCAAAUGAAACACUAAGACCAUGUGAGGUACAUCAGAGCAAGUUUCCUUAUGCCAAAAAGGAAUGCUCAGUUUUAUACAGUGAUGUUUUUGCACCUUGUCGCAAUGUGAUUGAUGUGACUUCUUUUGUCAAAAAUUGUCACACAGACACGUGCAACUGCAAUCUUGGCGGGGACUGUGAGUGCUUGUGUACCAGUAUUGCAGCUUAUGCCCACAAAUGCUGCCAGCAAGGAGCAGCGAUUCACUGGCGAUCUCCUUCCCUCUGUGCUUACGACUGUGAAUAUUACAAUCAAGGUCUUGGUGAAGGACCCUAUAUUUUGGCAAGUUAUGGAAAGAAUGACACAAUUAUAGGAGCUAACGUAUCCAGUAGAAGGAUAUUUCCCCUGCCUAGAACCGGAGCAUAUGGAAAUGUAUUUUUCAGUUUCAUGAUAACGCCAGGUCUUUUCAAAGAUAAAGAUUUAUCUCUCUCUCUUGUUUCCCUUGAAUCUGCUGAAAGACCAAACUACUUUCUGUACGUACAUGACAAUGAAACCGUUGGGUUGGAAAAGUGGCAGGCAAGUGCCUCUUUUCGGAGACGAGCCACCUUCUUCCACCACCAGGGCCUCUGGAGUCCAGGGCUCAGUGCCUUCGAACUGCACAGUAAAAAAGGCUUUUUCAUCAUUCUCACCUUAUCCAGUGUUAAAGUGGCAAAGUACGAUGAUUCAGAAGAAUUCAAACGUUUGAGUAGCUUUAGUGUUGAAGAACUCGGUGCAUCUGUGCCUUAUAGAAGGAUGAGUGAAUGGCGAUAUGAAUCUUGUGCUUAUCCUUGUGUUAAAACAUGUGGUGAUCCUGAAGGAAUAGCAUGUAAAUUCCUUCCUCCGGUUGAAGGAUGCUUGCCAUACUGUCCCAAAAACAUGAUCCUUGAUGAGGUCACACUUAAAUGUGUUUAUCCAGAAGACUGCAUACCUGUGAUACCUACAGAAUCAGGAAUUGGAACAAAACCUUCAUUGCCAUCAUCUUUAUUUACAAUCUUGUUAUCAACAUUAGGAAAUUAAUGUAAACCAAGAUACCUUGAACCUGUCGACAAAUGUAGCCAGUAUGUAUGUGUUAAUACGGGUUGGAUGUUAUACAACCUUUCAAGAAACUGCCCUAAGGAUGUGCAGAAGCCAGACUGUGGUUUUCGAGGAAUGCCAGUUCAAGUUAACACUGAUAGUUGUUGCCCAGACUGGGAAUGUCCCUGUCAAUGUUCUGUACUGUCUGAACUGAGUGUUAUUACAUUCGAUGGAAACAACAUAGCCCUCUGUAACAUGGCUUCCUACAUUUUAGUCAAGUUACCAGGAGAAAUUAUUGUUGCUCAUAUUGAAAAAUGUCCUGCUAAUCAGAGUGCAAAUUCAAUAAGAAAACUAGUUCCCCCUGCAAGCACUUCAGGGCUCUGUUUUAAGAAAUUAAAUGUAACAACACGCACAUAUAAAUUACUUAUCAAUCGUUUAGCGAGAAAAGUAGUAGUGGAUUCUGUAAUUCAAUCAUUACCAUUUUCAAAAGAAGGACUGAGUAUUCAGGAUACUGGUGCAAUGUAUGUCGUUAAUACCCCAGCUGGUAUUAGCAUCAAGUGGGCUCAUAUUACAGGCAUCAUAGAUAUACAGUAUGGAUUACACUCUAACACAUCGAUGAAGACAGAAGGACUUUGUGGGGUGUGUAAUGGAGACCCUACUGACGACCUGAAAAUGCAAAACAGGACCGUAAUUACAAAUAUGGAGGAAAUUGAAGUGUUCAUUAAGAGUUGGGAAAUUGAGAAAUCACUUGAUGUAACAACCAGGAGGCCAGUAAGAAACUGUACUGAAGAUAACUGCACAUACUGUAUGGAACUGUUAAACAGAAGCAUUUUCAUUCCUUGUCACAAGAAAGUGUCACCACAGGAGUUUUGUGAAAAGAUGUGGAUCAACAGUACUUAUUUUUGGAAUUAUGAGUGUGAUGCACUUUCUGCAUAUGUGGCUUUAUGCAACAAGCACAAUAUCUGCAUUAAAUGGAGGACACCUGAUUACUGUUCAUUGAGUUGUCCUGAGGGCAAGGAAUACCAGCCUUGUGUGCAACCCUGUGAAGCCAAGACAUGCUUGAAUAAAUGGUUCUAUGAAGAUUCUCCCUGUUCCUAUUUAAGGGAAGACUGUGUGUGUAAAAAUGGCACUAUUCUGCAUAGAACAGACUCUGACCUCUGUAUACCAGAAGAAAAAUGUACAUGUACAGAUAACCAAGGACAACCCCGCUCUGCUGGGGAGAUCUGGAAUGGGUCCAUGAGAGGCUGUUGCAUGUACAACUGUUUAGAAAAUGGAAGCGUUGUUGCUGUAGAACCCGAAUGCAACGAGGAUCCACCACCAGUCUGUGAAAGGGAAGGGGAAGUUAUCGUCCAUGUCAUCAAAGAGAGAGCUUGCUGUCCAAAGAAAGUUUGUGAAUGUAACAUGUCAUUGUGUGAUGCCAUUAUUCCAACAUGCAAACCCAGUGAAAAAUUAGUGGUAGGCUACCAUGCCCUGUCCUGCUGCCCACAGUACCGAUGUGAAUGUGAUCCUUCAGUUUGUUUCAAUGCUUCCCAGCUGGACUGCAGAGAAGAUCAAUUUAUUGUUGAAGCAAAACAGGAAGAUCCCUGUUGUUUCUCUUAUGUCUGUGUUUGUGAGUCCUGUAUUGAGCCUGUUCCCUUGUGUAAUGAAGGGGAAAUUCUGACUGUAGACCUUAAUACCAUACAUUACUGUUGUCCUCGUUACUACUGCGUUUGCGAUGAAAAUCUUUGUUCUGAGCCUCCUAUGAAUUGCACAGAUGACAUGACACUUGUGAAGGAAAAAAUACCUGGGCAGUGCUGUCCAGAAUGGCACUGUGAAUGUAGCUGUGAAAACGCUAUUAUGCUGACCUGUAAAUUGGGAGAAGUUAAAAAAAUAGAUAGCAGCAUUUCCAGUACUUGUGGAUGCACUCACUACUCUUGUGAGAAGGAUGAUGUGUGCAUCUUCCAAGAGGUCACAGUACUGAAUCCUGGACAGUCAGUGAUUCAGUACUUGGACGGAGACCUUUGUUACACUGUACAGUGUUUACAAGAAAAAGAUCAGAACACAGGAUACAAUGCCAUGCAUUUUACAAUGGUGAACUGUUCCCAGCAAUGUGAAGCUCAUCAAAUAUAUAUGCCUUCCUCCAGUCAUCAUACUUGUUGUGGUACCUGUCAAAACGUGUCCUGCUCUUUUCAUACUGAGAAUGGAACACUAAUUGUGUAUGAGGAAGGAAGCACCUGGAGCUCCAACUGCACCAACUACAAGUGUGCAAAGACUGCUGCGGGGGCCAUCAUACUGGGAUCGAGUGUUGUCUGCCCCCCUUUUAAUGACACUGAGUGUACAAAGAACGGAGGAAUUGUGCAGACGUAUAAUGAUGGCUGCUGCAAGACCUGCAAAAAGGAAGAAAGGAUUUGCCAGAAAAUGACAAUCAGGACAACCAUAAGAAAAAAUGACUGUAUAAGUCAAAGCCCGAUAAAUGUGGCUUCUUGUGAUGGAAAAUGCCCAUCUGCAACAAUUUUCAAUGUCAAUAUUGAUAGCCAUUUAAGAUUCUGCAAAUGUUGUCGAGAAAAUGGAACACGUAAUCUGACUGUGCCGCUACGCUGCUCAGGAAAUGGCACUGAAAUUAUGUACGUCAUUCAAGAACCUAUAGACUGCUCAUGCCAAUGGAACUGA